ACGCUAUAUUUUUGGGUAAAUACAAUCACGUGAGGGCGGGCAGCCAAUGGCACACUGGGAAAGGCUGAAAAAAUAAUUACCUGCCCUGAUUGUUCUAUGAGAAGAUAAAAAGUACACAUACAGUUCAUACAAUAAUCUUAUGAAUGUAAAAGAGGGGGGAACCAUGUCGGCUUCUGGCCCCAUAAGCAACUACUAUGUUGACUCCCUGAUAAGCCACGAGAACGAAGAGCUCUUGGCCUCCAGGUUCCCCAGCUCUGCCUCCCACCCGGCUGCUGCCCGACCGUCAGGAUUAGUCCCGGACUGUGCCGACUUCCCAUCCUGCAGUUUCGCCCCCAAGCCGGCCGUUUUCACCACCUCCUGGGCUCCCGUCCACUCCCAAUCCUCCGUGGGCUACCACCCCUACGCUCCCCAGGCGCCCGUCGGGGCCGAGCCCAGGUACAUGAGGACUUGGUUGGAACCCCUCGCCGGGGCCGUCUCCUUCCCGGCUUUCGCCCCCGGGGCUCGCCCCUACGGCCUCAAACCGGACGCCUUCCCCGGGCGGCGGGGGGAGUGCGGCCCCGCCGACGGCCGCGGCUUCCCGGACUACAUGUACGCGGCUCCGGGGGAGCUGAGAGACAGAGCAGCGCAGACAAUUCCUUCCCCGGAGUCCGAAGCCAUCGCUUCCAGCAAACACAAAGAAGAAAAGCACGAAUUAGACCCUAACAACCCCGUCGCAAAUUGGAUUCAUGCGCGCUCCACGAGGAAGAAAAGAUGUCCUUACACAAAGUAUCAGACCCUGGAACUGGAAAAAGAGUUUUUAUUCAAUAUGUACCUUACACGGGACCGGAGGUACGAAGUAGCCAGAGUCCUUAAUCUCACUGAACGCCAAGUCAAAAUCUGGUUUCAGAACAGGCGAAUGAAAAUGAAGAAAAUGAAUAAAGAAAAAACCGAUAAAGAACAGCAAUAAAGUUGGCAAAGUCCGGUCAUUGAGAAACGA